AUGGAUGAGCCUGAGAGAGAGGUCAAGAGGAUUAUCUUACCAAGCCUGAUGCAGCCUUGGCCACGCUCUACGAUCCAAAUAGUCCCUGGAGGAGAGGGAGGAAGGCAACGAUGCAUUACUGCGAGCAUUUUCAGGUCGUGGACUACAACAUUGUCAGCCCCGUCCCGUCGUUACACUUUCCUCGCCAAAAUCCUACGUGUGGGCACCGCGUGUCCACUGUCCACAGCACGCACCCGUCGACGGUUCCAACUUCCAAGCACCCUCCUGUCCUCGCCAUCAACGACGCAACAACGCCGUCGUUGCCGCGGCCGCGCGCCGAGCGGAGCAGCCGCUUUGGCUCACCCCCUCCGCAGUCGUCGCGGCCACCGUCAGCCGCAGCCGCCCGCGCUGACGGGGCCUCCGCCCGAGUUCGUGGAGCACCAGCAGGCGCAGAAGGUGAAGAACUACGUCAAUCUGCACAAGGACACCAUCAGGGUCGUGCCCGACGACGCUGACCCCGAGCGCCGCCUCGUCGCCUUCACUUUCGACGCGAUAACCGACGGCAGUGUGACUAUAUAUUACUUGGCCAAGGAAGGAAAGGAUUGUAGUUUUUCUUCAAUAUACCCAGAAUUACAGACGCCAACAAAGAUACCCUUCGAGAAAGGGUUGGCCCAAAGGUUUAUCCAGCCCUCUGGAUCUGGUGUUGACUUGGGAUUCUUUUCUCUGGAUGAGCUUUCAAGUUCGUCAGGGGAAGUGUUCCCACUUGUUGUUUGUGCAGAAGCAUAUCCAUCUCCAGAGGAAGGUGGCCCGUCAGUAAACUCCACUCGUGCACAGAUUACUCUUGCUGUUUUGGAGAAGCAUAACAACGACCUUCGAGUCAAAGUUGUGAAGCAAAUCUUGUGGAUUGAUGGCGUGAGGUAUGAGCUACAGGAAAUUUUUGGUAUGGUCAACUCCACUGAAUCAGAUGUUGCCGAUGCUGAUGCUGAUGACACGGGGAAGGAAUGUGUUAUCUGCUUGGCAGAACCAAGAGACACUGCUGUUAUGCCUUGUAGACAUUUGUGUUUAUGCAGUGAAUGUGCAAAAACUCUACGAUUUCAAUCAAAUAAAUGCCCAAUAUGCAGACAGCCUGUUGAAAAACUAAUGGAGAUCAAAGUUAGAAGUGCUGAGCCAUAA